AUGAUGUACGGAUCGGAGACUUGGGCAGCAUCAUCUGCGGUGAUGGAGAGGCUUGAUUGCACGGAACAAAAGCUGAUUAGACGGCUACUUGGCUACUUUUGGCCUUGGGUAUACCACAAUGAAGGUCUUUACGCAGAAAUUGAUGUGGUAUACCGGCGGAUGACACGUGGAAGAUAUCAACAUCUUGCACCGCCAUCGAAAGUGGCUAAAGUAAAUCGUCUUCGCUUCUUUGAUCAUAUAUUAAGAAGACCGGCACAUCGCCUUGUUCAACGAGUUCUGAGGAGUUUGUCGGGUCCGAAGCCACCUGGCCGAGAACGGAAGUUCUGGACUGAGGUGGUGAAGGAGGACCUGAGGACACUCCGCGUGGAUAGGCAAUUCAGGCGAGACGUAAGGUUUCGCAGGAUAUGGAAUAGCGACGAAUGGAUUGAUUCUGUGCAAGCUCUCGCAGAAAAUCGUGAAGGUUGGGCAGAGCUGUGUUCAAGGACGGAACACCUCGGCGAAGAUGCGGGUAAUCGCAUCAGGCGAUCAAAUCAGUCCGCCGAUUAA